UAUACGAUCUCGAGGAUAUUUCUUUCGACAUUUCUCUUUUCUUGAAUUUCUUUUGUUUGCCUCUUAGUUUCUUUCUUCUUUUUUUUUUCCUCUAAUUUUCUCGGAAACCUCCGAAUCGCGCUGAUUCCACCACCAGCGCGAUCCUUGGUUUCUAGGGUUUGGCUCCACAUUUUUAUUUUUCCAAUCUUUUUCUGCUUCAUAUUCGUUUUAGGUUUUUUGGAAUAGAGCAUUUUUUUGAGAGAGAUGAGUGAUCACGUGGUUCUGUAUGUGGACCGGUUGGUGAGACCCGUGUCCGUACAUCCGGUCCCCGCGGAGGCGGAGAAGACCUCCCCGGAAGCUGCGGGGCCGUCGAGUUCGGCGGCUUCUGCACCUGCGGCUGCGCCUGUGGAUGAACAUGUUGAUGAGGAGGAAGGAAACGAGGGUUCUGGCGAGGAAGAGCCGUUGAUUCAGAUGGCUGAGUGCCGCAUUUGCCAGGAGGAGGAUUCCAUCACGAAUCUCGAGACUCCCUGCGCUUGCAGUGGUAGCCUCAAGUAUGCUCAUCGAAAAUGUGUCCAGCAUUGGUGCAAUGAAAAAGGUGAUAUUACUUGUGAAAUCUGCCAUCAGCCAUACCAACCAGGUUAUACUGCUCCACCUCCUCGUCCUGAAGAAACCGCAAUUGAUAUUGGUGGAGGGUGGACAAUCUCUGGUACUCCUUUGGAUUUGCGUGAUCCUCGACUCUUGGCAAUUGCAGAGGCAGAACGUCAAUUUUUGGAAGCUGAAUAUGAUGACUAUGCUGCUUCCAAUGCUAGCGGGGCUGUAUUUUGUCGCUCAGCUGCUCUUAUUUUAAUGGCCCUUUUGCUCUUGCGUCAUGCGUUGGCUGUCACUGAUACUGAUGGAGAAGACGAUGUAUCUACUUUUUUCUCUCUUUUCCUGCUUCGGGCUGCUGGAUUCCUUCUGCCAUGCUACAUCAUGGCUUGGGCCAUUAGUAUCUUACAACGCCGGAGGCAAAGGCAGGAGGCAGCCGCGUUGGCAGCAACACAAGUUGCUUUCGUGCUACAAUCUGGGCAGCAUAGAGGUGUGCACUUUACUAUAGCAUCGGGACCCCCCGUGGCUACACACCCAGAAACCGUUUGAUUGAUUUACAUGGGCAGAUUGUAUUCUCUCGAAAUUCCUGUGUACUGAAUACUGUGUAAUGUCAAAAGAUAGAGGCGUCCUGAAUCAAUAAGCUUUGAAAUGUCAAUUAAGAAAAUGAAAAAGGUCGAGAUUACAUUCCCUAUUCCUGCUCUUACCUCUGUAUUAAUGGUGUCAUUUUUCGCUCUCCCGAUGUUUUCUGUAUAUAAGAAUUCUCUCGAGUGCUUAGCACACGAAGGUGUUUAGGGAAAGUUAAUUUUAAGAUUUUGUCGGGUAAAUAGGGGUAACAUUUCAUCUGCAAUGAAGCACUUUGGUCACAUCUGUUCUGCA